UACUGGUCUUUUUUGUAAUGUUAUUAUCCGAUGCGGUAUUUUAUCCGUUCCACCAUCUGGUCACACCAGACACGAAAUUAGUAAUCUAAAGAGAACCCAACAGUUUCUUAGUGCAAAUACAAUAAACUAAUUGUUUAAAAUGUGACAUCAGUGAACGCAGUGUUUGCCAAGUAAUCAACCAAAGGGUGCACUAUUUUUUUCCUAAACGUGCCAGUGAAUCGGCUCUACGCAAAAGAGCGAGCGGGACAGUGUGGUCUGAAUACAAUGGAGCUCCCGUGAAAAUUGAUUAAACAAAACAGUCGAGAAGAGAGCGCAAAAUGCACAAAAUGGUUAAAUUAUUCCUCAGAGAAGUUCUGAAUGCAUGGCGAGCAAAGGCCAGAUGCAAUGUGGUGCCCGACGAGCGGACACAGGAACUCUUCCACGAGCUAAGCUUCCAUCCUAGCCAAAAGCAGAUUAGCGAAAUGCUGCAGACUGCCAAGAAAGUGGCCCGCAAGGGAGGAAGUGGACAGGCAAACGGGCUGACCUUUGGCCAGUUUUGUGUUUUAGCCGCGGAUCUGAAACGCUUCAGAGCUUCAACCAUUUCGAAUCAGCCAUCGUACUGCGACUAUCAGUCUCUGUCCUCGGGACUGCUGCUCCCGGAGCAAGAUGAUCCUGCCAGCUCCUCCAAGCAACACCUGCAGUCGCCAGCGGCCAGCAACUCGUCACCUGCGUACAGCUCCAAGAAGCCGGACAACCACGGUACCGAACUGAGGAGUACCAAGUCCUUUAGCAGUGUGGAUGAUACCAAAAAGAAGAAGAACGCCACCAAUGAGCCCGUCGAGGUGUUCCUUGGCGGAUCCUGCAAUCCAACCACCUGGCGAGCCGACGUUGCCAUACCAGCCCUCAAGGAGCUGGGCAUUUCGUUCUACAAUCCUCAAGUAUCCGAUUGGACGCCCGAUCUCAUCGAGCUCGAGCAUCGAGCUAAGGAAAAGGCCCGUGUAUUAUUCUUCGUUAUGGAUUCGGAAACACGCGCAUCUGCUGGUGCCAUCGAGGCGGCACACAUAGCGGGUCAAAACUGCAAGCAGCUGGUGUUGGUUUUGCAUCCGUAUAAACCAAAUCAGAAGAUCCUCAAUGAGCCUAUUUCGCAGCAAGAAUACCUCGAUCUAUAUCGCAAUCAGUUGAUACUUAAGGAGCUGGUCUCCCGUCGCGGUCUGCCCGUAUUGGAUAACAUACCUCUGGGUCUGCAGCGCACCAAGGAUAUCCUGUCUGGCAUCAGGGAUCCACCGUCCAAAAUAUCUUCUAUUUUAGAUACCGUUCGCGGCGCCUUUGAUCGUGUUAACCCGCAAAACGAUCUGCUCACUGUGGAACAAUGCAAACGUGCUCUCUUAUUCCUAGGCUAUGCUCAGAGUUUAGUUAAUUUAGACAAUCUAAAUAAGAUCAUUAUCAACCAACGCGAAUCGCUGAAAUUGCUCCAAACGCACAGUCCAAGAGCUGUCGCCGAUGAUUCGGAUGUGGAUGCCGGUGGCGGCAACUGCAGCCAGCCCAUCCUGCCCAGCCAGGAGCUCAUCGACUUCGAUCUGUUUUGUGUGAUCUCGGCGUACCUGUCCGUCCUGCAGCAGGAGAUCCACGAGAGCGGCUGCAUUUCGCCCAUCAAGGGCACCAAUGUGCCGCCACCGCAAGUUUACUUUACCAACGCUCCCGAUGUGGACAUUUACUACUCGGCCAACAAGAAUAUUUCGCGCACGUCGAGCAACGCCAGUGUUCCGUCCAAUAGCAGCAGUGGCAUCGGACAUGACCUGGAGCGCCAGAGUCUCUUCGAGCAGCUCAGUCGCAGCCGGGACAGUGGAACUUCUUCGCCCCAGCCCACCAGCAGUUUGGGUAAAAGCCCUCGACCACAGAUCCUGCUAAACGUGGAGUCCAUCGAGACAACGGAAAUAAUCACCACCAAAACCAUUGAGACCAAGCCCAAUCCGGUGACUGCACCAACUGUUGUGCACGCCGAGGAGGAGGAGAGUGAUUCCAACGACUCGGUCUUCUCCAGCAGCAGCUCCAUAGCAAGUGCCGGCGAUGUACUCUGCUGUGGUGGUGGCUUGGAUCUGCGGGAUGUCUAUCUCGGCGGAAGUUGUGUGCUCCGCACCAAGUGGCGUCAGGAGCUGGCCGUCCCCUACCUGCAGUCCAAGAGUGUCAGUUUCCACACCCCGGCGCUGCAUGAGAGCAUCCAGCAAAUGAUUCUGAACCAGGAACAGAACCAGGAACAGGCUCAGCAGCAAACAGUGCCCCCGCAGGAACAGCAGCAGCAGCAGCGUUCGUUUGUGCGCACUCGCAGAAAGUGCAGGGGCAACCAGCUGCAGCUGGAGGAGCAGGAGGAGCUGACAGUGGCCGAGGAGUCACUGAGCUGGUCCCUAGCACCGGUCACCGUUCGCCAGAGCCUGUUCAACCCUUCCCUGCUCGACUCCAGUCGAGUGCUGCUCUUCGUCAUCACCAACGAGACCCGAUCCCUGGCACCCAUGACCCUGGCAGCCCACUGCAUUGGCCUCAUGUACAACGUGGUGCUGGCGGUGCAAAUGCUGCCGGAAGACUGUGUCCUGGGUGGCGAGAAGCUGACUGUGGCGGCCAUCAAGGACUACAAUCGCGGACGGUCGUACCUGAUCGACUUGGCCAAAAGGCAGGGUGUGCCCGUGUUCAGCGACAUUCGGGCAGCCCUCGAGUGCACCGUGGCCAAGGUGAAGGCGUAUAACAACCGCGACCGCUGCUAAAUCGUACCUGUAUUUAAGUUCCAGCACGUGACAAUUUAAGCUUAUGUCUAAGUAUAUGGCCUAGUGCAAUUUACGUUCUACUCUUAACCCCCACUAACUUAAAUGGUGUCUGAUCGUAUUCGGAGAACACUCUUCUACCUAGUUAACGCUAUACGUAAUAUUUUAUAGAAGAUAAAACGAGUGUAAAGCCACUAAAAUGUCGUCGCCCAGAGAGCGCAUUUCAUAACCUUAUGGAGAAAGAAUUAAUGCAUUCAGCUCCCCUCUCUCUAUAAUCGCUAUAAGCUAUUUGCUUUAUGCUAAUUUAUUAUUUAUUUAACACCAUACACGUGGUACAUGUGCUAAAUUAAAUGUAAAUAUUCGAACGUGUACAAUUCUUUGUGCAUAUAUGUAUGUACAAUGGAACACCAACUAAAAAAUAAAUAUUUUUUAAUCUUAGUAAACAUUCAGAUCUAAAAUAAUAUCUACAUAAAAGCCCCGUCAUGUAUAUGUAUACCCAUAGUGACCCACUGUACCAGUUAGCUGGCAAAAAAUAUCUCAAUAAACCAAUUUUUCUAACAUA